AUGCCUUUCGGUCUAACCAUUGGCACAGAACGGGCAGCUGCCCUUCAGCAAUCCAUCCAAGAUGAGCUCACAAGACGAGGGUACAGUCCAGAUGCUGACCCAGUCAUGGCUGAGUAUAUAACCAUUAUGGUUAUCAAUAAUAAAACGGCGGUUCAGAUAACAAGCGAAUUGGAAGAUUUGAUCGGCGCCGACUUUGAUGCUAGUUUCACCGAUUGGCUAUUCGAGGAAGCUGCGAAAGGCGCUGCUGGUCCCGACAUAGUUCCCCAGUCUCCUCCAAUCAAAGCAGACGCCAGCAAUCCAGGACCUUCACGAGACCCGCCUCCCCAUAUCUCGAAUGACUCGUCACGCAAGGCUGUCAGUGCCUCUCGUAGCGGGGUUUAUCAGCAAGCUAUCUCCCAAGCAUUUCCCCCUCCCACCUCUCAGAAACGAACCGCUUCCGCCCGUUCCCCUUCUCCUAGCCACCCAAACAAAUCAAGACGCACUGACCUGCCUACCGGUCCAAGAGCCAUGCUCCGCGACGGACCGUCAAAUUCUAAUACAAACCCCCAGCCAAACACCCGCAGCUUACUGGACCGCGUUGGUGGUCCUGCGAACGCUUCAGGACGGAGUAAUGGUUCGGCUGGCUUUGGUCGUGAUGAGGUUCAAGCACGAAUCGACAACAUCGUGAAUGGCUCUCCUGAUCCUAACAUGAUGAUGGCGGGGUUCCCUGGUAUGGGUGGUAUGGACAUGAAUGUGAUGGCCGCGGCGAAUAUGGCGAAUCCCAUUAUGCUGCAGGAGAUGAUGAUGAAUCAAAUGGCCUUGAUGGCGCAAAUGGCGUCGUCGAUGGGCAUCAUUAACCCCAAUACAGGCCAAUUCGGAGGACAAGGGUUUCCAAUGCAGGGUGGUAUGCCAGGGGAUAUGGGCAUGUUUCAAAAUGGCACAAACAACGGUUUUCAUGGUCACCAGAUGGGUGGAAAUAUGAACAAUAGUGGCAUGAACGGGUCAGCGAGAGGUCGAGGUACAGGGAGAGGUGGGAGGGGUGUGGGCAGAGGCAGAGGAGCAGCUGUAAAUGGAGCGUUGACCCACUCAUCUGUUGCUCAGGAGGCUGCCGUACCCCCAUCAAGCGAAUCGACCGCACCAGAGCCUCCCGUCAUUGCCACCCCAGCUCCUAUCAAUCCUGCACUCGUUGCUGGCCCCCCUGCGGCGACUCCCGUCGCGGUUGGUACCCCGGCUCCUCCCCAACGUUUAGCUUACGCCAUCCCAGAGCGACCGCAAUCCCCCACCUUGUGCAAGUUUGGGCUCAAAUGCACAAAUGCACAUUGUCGUUACUCCCACCCUUCGCCUGUGGCCACAGCAGAAAGUGGUGUAGUGUUGAGCAACGAUCCGUGUGAGAAAGGGAGGGAUUGUAAGGAUAAGGAUUGUAUCAGAGCGCAUGUUAGCCCAGCUGUUCUUAACCCACAAGCCGAGACAUCCGUGUCAACACCCAGUGUUACGUCUUCUCAUCAUCAUCCCUCCAAUCCGACACCAUGUCGUUUCGGUCUGGCUUGUACCCGACCUGGCUGCACAUUCUCUCAUCCUCUACGCGGCACGCAAAGCACUCACGGGGCUACUCAGUGCCGCUUCGGCGCCGGCUGCACGCGUGCAGCAUGCCACUUUCAGCAUCCUGAAGGACGAGUCCUUCCAACCACCUUCCAUCGUGGUAUAUCGACGACGGGUCCGAUUGUGAACGUACAGACGCCUGAAACCGGCUCUAUGGGUGGACCCAGCCCGCAUAGGAGCGUUACAUUCAACAAUCCAGCCGGCUCGGGAGCAGGAGUUAAAGAGAAGCUUGAAAAACAGAUGAAAGAAAUUCAAGAUAAGAAGGAUGAGGUUGAGAGAGCAGUGAGGGAGGCGGAGGCCGCCGCAGGCAAGAAGGAUGAUUCCAAGCCUGUUGCCAUUACUGUGUAA